AGCUGCUCUUGGAGGUCAGAGGUUAGCGUCUGGUGCGGAGGGAAAAACAAGUCAGGACCACUUGCAGCUGGGCGCAUUUCGGCCUGUUCUUCCCCUUGAUCAGCACUCAAUACAUCUUUUACUACGCACGUUCUAGUCUAGUGGAAUCGUCAUGGAGACAACUGAGAUCAUCCGCACAGGCGCCAUGCUGGUGGCGUUUGCGGUGGCCGUGAGCCGGGGACGGAAGAUCUGGAUGUUGGCGGAUGCAGGAGCUGUCCUGUUGUUUGGCGUGGCAUGGAUUGCUGUGCCAGGAACUCUUCUGGGCCAGAUGACGACCGGUCCGCUGGAUGGCCAUCACCUGGUCAUGGGCCGUGAGUUUGGUGCCCUGCUGAUCGGGACUGUGGCCAUUUUCUACAAGAUCCGCGAUUCUGGUGACAUCACCGUGUCCAACGUGCUGCUGUACUCCCGUGUCAUGGGCAUUGCGAUGCAGCUGAUGGCCGUUAGCUACACCCAGCUGUACUACAGGGAUCUGGAGAAAGGUGGCUGGACAAGUGAGCAAGCGUGGUUUGGCCUGUUUGGAGGAGGAGUGUGGCUGUUGGGGAACCUGUACCACAGUGCCAGGAAUGACCAGUUCGGCUGCUACGGCCAGCGGAAUGACCGUCUGUCCUUCGUCCUGCGGCUGGAUGGAUUCCUGUGCCUGUUGGGCGGCCUGAUUGACUUCGCUUUUCCGGACAUGGCAGUGUCCAUGAUGGUGAAAUUGAAGUUGGAUGGUAUCCACCUGCACAUGGUUCGUUGUGUUGGUUCUGUGGUCUUCAUGACCGGCCUGGUGUCCACCUGGGCUCCUGUCUUCCUGAAGGACGAGGACAAGAGGAACGUCCUGUUUGGCAGGAUCGUGCAAGAUGUGGUGCUUCUGGCGGUCGUCCUGCCCUACAUGUAUACGUAUGGUAUAUUCUCGAUCGCAUUUCUUGCCUAGCAUCGGGCACAUGGGCUUGCUGGUAUUUGGCUACCUGGCACCUACUGGGAAGAAGACGGCCUGAGGUGACAUACAACAGCAUCAGUUGGGACUCUCUCCCUACAUCAGAAAUGGAAUCUGACAAUCACAUACUGUAGUUCUUCUGAAUACCCUUGAGAGUGUUGGCAAAGCCAGGAGAAAUGUAGCAUGGUGUUUUAGAUUGCUUCAAUAAUGACGGAAUUAUGGGUUUUAAUCAUCUUUAUUAUGUUAGCGUUUUAUAUGUUUUCAAUCAUAUUGAAUUUCUUUAGAGUGUUACAUGUAUGUAGAGGUGGGUUGUUAGUUGUUGCUAAUAAACUAAGCCUAUGAUAGAUUGUAGAUGUAACGACUAAUGGGAAACACAAUCAUGUACUGCUGUUGAACCGAGGACCACAUAUGUUGUAAUGAGUCUAUUUUAUUAUAUUAUUAUAUCUUAUUCAAGAUAAUAUAGUGUGCUGUUGGACAGUAGAAUGUCUUAGGUUAACUCUAAUAGACUUUUUAACUGGUAAAGAAGCAUCUGUCUAAGGUUUGUAUAAACAUGAAUUUGUAGCUUAUUUCUGUUGCAUAAGAUGAUCUGGCUAGUUCAUGGUUGUCAUGUGGUGUGUAGGGUAUUUGCAUUUGACAUCACAGUUGUCAUACAGGUUGGUUGGGUCAAACCUAUAAAUUUCAUGUGCUUUUAUGUGUACUUAUGUCGUAGACUUGUGACUGUAAAAAUUCAAAUUUGCAUGGCAGUUUUGUUUUCCAGCUUUAACACCCGAUAGUUUGCCAAUUUUUGAGCAGGCUAGUUUUAAAAGGCACUGAUUUCUAGCAAUGACAAUCACUGUGUACCAAUUAGACAAUCUCUAUGAACUGAACUGUCCAAGAAACAGUUGCUUGAUAUGGUGUAUAACAUGGUGACUUGUGAUGUAUGCAGUGGUGAAUGUAACAAGAAAAAUAGUUUUUUUUACAUAUAGUUUUGUAUUUUAGUACAAUGCCAAUACACAGCAUAAUGAGGACAUUCUUGAGACAAUACCGGAUGUGUCAUACAGCAUUCAUUAAAGUCUGGUGACAGAAAAGGCUGUUUUUUUACAGUUGUUUUCUUGUCUAAAAUAGUACUCACUUGUAUUAGAAAAAGUUGUGAAUGUAUACCUUUGCAGCAUACAUUGUGCUGAACACCAUUCACACACAAACCUACCUGUCCCUGGUG